AUGAUGUUUCAAAAUUUAGUCGCAAGUUCGGGGGCAGUUCUCAACGUUGGAACUCACAUCAGACAAUCACCUCUGGGAGGAUGGGGAAUGUUUUACGAUGCCUCAAAAACAGAGCCCGAAUGGUAUCUCCGUGUGCCGAAGGCUUCAACCAUCACGGCCGACACAAUUCUUCCCGAAUUGCUUCGCGUUAUUCGUUCAAACCCACAGCUCGAGCCAUUGAUACAGCGUUGUGUUAGUGCCUUCGGCCAAAGGUCUGAGGGCCAGACUCUGAUUGCUCUCACAGCCGUGUUGAUAAUUCUUUACCGCAAGAACGAGUUGGAUUUCCAACAAGAGUACAUAAGGGUACUACUAGAAGACGUGAAUUACGUUGGACUCAUUUCCUGUGAGACAGAUGAACUAAUGGCGUGUUAUGAGUCUGUGUUGGCGAAAGAUGUGGUGUUCGGAGCCGCUUGCGAAUCGCUGUUCAGCCCAGAAGUACACGAACUAAGCGAAUUUCUUAUUUCGGAAGGAUUUGAGACAACAUUACACGAUCUCCAGUUGGCAGUGGCCAUUGUGAGGUCGCGUAGUCUUGAGAUACCGGUAGAGGUAGACGAAAACUCAGACGAUUACUUGGUCGACGUUUCGCUGGUGCCCAUCCUUGACUUUGUUAACCAUGCAAACAACCCCAACUGUGUGUUCGAUGUUGACCGGAUCUCGGGUGAUGUGCUCCUUAAACCCAAACCCGGCAGUUUGACCGGCCACACCGGUCUCGUCGAACUCUCGAUCCAGUACGACACGCCGCCGUACAAUCUAAACCGGUUCGGCCUGAACUAUGGUUUUUUUCCACUUGCCAUGGAAACCCCACAGGGCGUGCGGUGUGAAAUUUUUGUAGAAAACAAGGUCAUCGAUGCCGAUGUUGACGUGCACGGGUGCGUCAGGAACGCGGCGCUGGAAGCCGUCGAAGAUCCCGAGGUGAAAGCAAACACUUACAAAGAGCAGCUGAAAAUUACUUCAAAAGGAACAUUUCUGUCUGAAUACCUGGAGAUGUUGAUCAGUAUUCUCACGAAAAAAAACACCAAAAAAUAG